AUGAAAUGCUCUGAGACCAGGUUGGAGUGGUGUGCCAUAUGGGGACACCCUGCCUGCCUGCCUAGCUGGCCAGAGGAGAGGACAGUCCAGAGCAUAGCCUGCCCAGCCCUGGAGACUAGGUUUCGAGGGGUGUGUGUGUGGUGCAAGGAGAGGUGAGCCAAGGCCAUGCCCAGGCCUGAGUGUGUCUGUCUGCGGGUGAUAGCCAGGCUGGGGUGACAGCAGGUUGAGGAUAUCCCUUGGUUAGGUCCUCUCUCAUGUUACUGCAAACUGCUGAGUAGGGCCAGGCACCAAUAUACACAUACUAGGCCUAUAUAUACACACAGCAUGAUCUAGUAUUGUCCUAGGUCUACAUUUGUGUGCAUUUUAGACAAUGUUUUCCUUCUUUUGGCUAUAUGAAUACUCUUACCCUCUCAGUCCCAGUCGGAAGGAAUGCCUGGUCUGUCUCACCUUCUCAUUUUCUGUGUAUGUUCUUCACUCUCUCCUCCCCCUUCUCUCUUUCCAUCUCUCGUGCUUGGUAAGCCUAGAGAGUCAGUGGGAGUGUCUUCUGCUGCUGUCCUAAUCAGCAAGCAGCUUUGCUCUAUCGUCACGGUAACAAGGAGCCUAUUACUGGGGGAAACUAGGUAUGAUUAAGUCUAAGGUUUUACCAGAUGGACAACUCAACUCUGUCUGGAGCGGCAUGUUCCCCUACACCAGGGCUUGCUGACCUUGUUCCUGGAGAGCUACCGUCCUGUAGGUUUUUGUUCCCAACCCUAAUCUAGCGCACCUGAUUCUGAUAAUUUGCUGGUUGAUAAACUGAAUCAGGUUAAUUAUAACUGGGGUUGCAGCGAAAACCUACAGGAGGGUAGCUCUCCAGGAACAGGGUUGGAGAGCCCUGCUCUACACACAGUACAGAGUCUCUCACACCAUAACUCUAUCUCUCAUACACCACACAAUCUGUCCGUGUGAGUGUUUGUGUGUGGGUACGCAGCAUGCGUGUUUCCCGCGCUAGCUGAUAAACAGAGGGUGGGUGUGUGCUAUCAAACAGAUGAGACUCUGUGUGACCGUGUGAGGAAACUCUUUAUUCGUUUAACGCAACAGUUCAACAGCCUACAGUCCUCCGUAUGAACCUCACCCCAAAUGACUUCAGUAACCAGUAGGCCAACACUAUCUGUAUUAUUCAACUGUUGAAUGUCAUUCUUUGUAUAUUUCUCUGGUGCUCUACUGACUGUCUCGGAAGCAUUCAUGUUUAGCAAAAGACAACUUUUUUCUCUCUCUUCCUUCUCCUCCAGAGACGAGGGGCCAUCUCUUACGACAGCUCAGAUCAGACCGCUCUGUACAUUCGUAUGCUCGGUAAGUACUACCCACUGUCACAUACACAUCACAUACAGGACAGAACAACUUAUGCUAGUUACUGUUAGCACUGCCCACUGUCCCCAUACUCACUCAGCAGUACCACCAGCAGUUUUGUUCUAGCACAACUAGCAUUCCACUACUAGCAACUGUAAGUACUGCUCAACGUGCCCACAUUCAGAAUGAACAGGCAUCUGGCCUCUAGAUUGCACCAAGGAAAGGAAACAAUUUCUCAAAUAAUUUUCUGUUAUUGUUUUUGCCACGUUAUAUAACUUGAGUAACAAUGUGAGAAAGGGAUACAUAAGUUGAGAAACACGAGAGGGAUGGAUAUUAACAUAGACAUUACAGACCUACAUGCAUACAUACAUUACUACAUACAGUAUCCAUGUGCCUUAACUAGGUCAGAUGGAGGAGUGGUGUUUUAUUAGUUUAUUUAAAGCAAACUUUGCUGUUUGCUUGAGUCAUUUGAGAUGGAAGGGAGUUCCUUGUGAUCAUGGCUCUAUAUAAAACUGUGUUGCCUUGAAUUCGAGAUGAAAAGAGACAUUGAAAGAGAGAUAGAUAGCUGGAGAGUAGAUCCUGUCGUCUGAUCCCUAUACUAUGAAUUAGGUUUGAGGAGUUACCGAGGUAACUCUUGAGUUCAACUUAGGAUAACGGGUACCACGAAAGUGGCUCACCUUUUAGUCAGGUACAUUUCUAUGGCAACGAAUUCUUCAGAACUAACCUGCUCCGUGGCAGGCUAACUCAGGGCUAACUCAAUUUAUCCUGAAUGAAGUCUCUGAGCCGUGAGUUGAGGACCAAUUAAGUAAUUUUCCCUCCCUCUCGCAAAGAUUGCGUCAUCAUCCCCUUCAUUUGAGGAAGAUGACUGAUUCAAUAUUUUAUUAAUCAAAUGUUUUUUUGUGUUAAAAAAUGUUAAACUACCUAUCACAUUACACAUUAGUAAUCAUAUAAUUAAUUUGAAACUUCCCGCACAGUAAGACUUUAUGACUUAAUACAAUUAUGGGUGGGAAAAAAAGGUGCUUGUGCACACCAAAGUCAGCAUUAACGAUAAGUAAUAACAUAAAGAGGGCACUUCUAAAAGCCCAUCUCACACCACCGCCUGCUGAAUUGUCUUUCAUUUUGAUUUCGGCACAAAUGAAAAUGUCACCGACUCGCCCAUGGAUUGAUGUUUCGGCAUUGCCUCAAUGAAGAGUUCGGCGUUCGACUAGCCGUGUGCGACAUGCACGCGCCGUUACAAGCCUGCUAGAGUUGGCGGCAGGUGGACAAGCAAUAUCCACCAUCGUAGUAUGGUUGAAGCCUGAGCUGGAAUGUGAAGCUAACUGAAUUUGGCUAGCUUUAGAAAACCCUGAGGAGAUCUAGCUUCCUCUGUAGUAUACCCCUCAGGUCAAUCCCUGGUCCCUUUGAUAAUCUUACCAUCACAUAAGACUUAAGUGAUGAAUGCUUCUGUCCUGGCCAGCUGUCGGUCCACAGUAUUAAGCCUUUCUUUGAAUUUUUAUCAGAUUUUCUGAGGCAGAGAUCUAAUUUUGUGUCCUGCUGGGCCCAUAGGCCUCUGGAAUGUUCUAGGCCCUCUGUAUGGAUGCCAGGAGUCCACUCUACUUAGACCAGUGUGGGUGCUUGUCUGUGUGGUUGAUGUUUGUAACAGUCUCUCCUGUCUUGUUGGUAUGUACACUUAGUACCAUGAGACUGGCUAGCUGAAAGCUAUGAUCCCUUUUUGAUGUCACUUGUUAAAUCCACUUCAAUCAGUAUAGAUGAAGGGGAGAAGAUGGUUAAAGAAUGAUUUCUAAGCCUUGAGACAAUUGAGACAUGGAUUGUGUAUGUGUGCCAUUCAGAGGGUGAAUGGGCAAGACAAAAGAUUGAAGUGCCUUUGAACAGGGUAUGGUAGUAGGUGCCAGGCACACCGGUUUGAGUGUGUCAAGAACUGCAACGCUGCUGGGUUUUUCACGCUCAACAGUUUCCUGUGUGUAUCAAGAAUGAUCCAACAACCAAAGGACAUCUAGCCAACUUGACACAACUGUUAGAUGCAUUGGUGUCAACAUGGGCCAGCAUCCCUGUGGAACGCUUUCGCCACCUUGUAGCGUCCGUGCCCCGACGAAUUGAGGCUGUGCUAAGGGCAAGGUGUUCCUAAUGUUUUGUACACUCAGUUUAUGUUGGUUAUGCUAUCUGCACUGCCACACAACAAUUGGGGAUAACGUUUAUGGAAUUGAAUUAGAUUUAGCCCUGCCUACUACUGGGAGUCACAGUCUAGCAAACCGGAUCAUACCAAAACAGAGUAGACUCUUAUGUGGGGACACAUGGCCUAUUCUGUUCAAUGAUGUAUAUAAACCCUGGAUUGCUGAUGCUAUGUAUUGGCCAAUGAGAGGCUUUGAAGCCACCGGUCGGCCAUAUUGGCACUCCCCAGUAGGAGCAGUCAUCCAUAGGAAUGAAUGGAAUUCUACAGUAUUUCAAUUAAAUGUUUCAAUGACAAAAUUGCAUGUAAUUAAGUAUUUUUCUGUUCUAGUGGGGACUGUAACAUUAGUACUCUCUAAAAAGUAUACUUUAAGGAUAAAAAAAAUAUAUAAUUUAUUUAAAUGUUUAGCUCACAUAACAUUUUAAAAGUGUAAAUAUUAACUUUAGAAGCCUUUUAAACCUUGAAUACACUACACAUUUGCAUUUCCUGCUGUGCAGGAAAUCCUGCACAACAGGGUGAACAAAUUAAGAUCCUACACCUGUAGUAUUUUAGGAUUAUAUGUUGUUGGAAGAUAAUAAAAGUUUGACAAAAACCCACACCGAUUACUGACCUCACACUAGUUCAAAAAAUCUGAAAACAAUCUAAAUCAUUAGCUAGUUUGCUUCAGCAUGAUGCUUAACUCAACGACUUAACAAUUGAUUUGCUGCUACUAGCUUUCCCCUGAUAAUCUCUGGCUCUAGUAUUAGCCCUACUUUGAGAGCAUGUGUUUGUGUGGAGUCAGUGGAUAUUACAGUUGUUGUUAAGAGGUGCAGCAGGGUUCCAGUUUAGGAUAUGCUGGCUAUUUGCCAGGGUCUGUGAUACGUUCCUAGGCCAGUCUGAUCUGUUGCUGUGUUGUCAUACAAUGGGUUUAAGAGCAUUAAUGUAGAGGUCAGGGUACAUGGGUAAUCAACUGUCUGACCCGUAUUCCCCCCAGCUCAAGGCCUGUUGGCACGCAGAAUGGAAAAACUUGACUCUAUGCAUCUCAUCGCACACACACACAACUACUUGGCAUUGCAUCAGUGUGAGAGAGUGGAAGAGUUUGUUUACACCAUACAUAACCUUGUAUAUUUUCAUUUAAUCUGUGAAUGCUGUGUAAGCUAUAUGUAAUGUGACCAUCCAUUACUUCCAUUUAAUGGUAAUUCCCAGUUUUGCUAUUUUGCUAGGGGCUUUUGUUAUAUUCAAACAGCUGUUCCCAAGUAAGUAGCAUGCUGGUGGGAGACUGACUGUACAGUACUGUAUGACUUGAUCUAAUGUACAAAUCAGUACUGAAGAGCUGCAUUAGUCUGUCAGUCUGACUCCUCUAGAAGACUAGUAUUGACUGGGUUGCCUGGGCCAGUGCCAUAGUACCAUAACGAGACUGUCAGCACUCGCCUCUGAGUAUAAAGCACAAACCUGUCUACUCUACUGUGUGUUACUGUAGGUCGCUAUGUUGCUCCUAGCCUGUCUGACUACCAAUACUAGUGUUACUGUAGGUCGCUAUGUUGCUCCUAGCCUGUCUGACUACCAAUACUAGUGUUACUGUAGGUCGCUAUGUUGCUCCUAGCCUGUCUGACUACCAAUACUAGUGUUACUGUAGGUCGCUAUGUUGCUCCUAGCCUGUCUGACUACCAAUACUAGUGUUACUGUAGGUCGCUAUGUUGCUCCUAGCCUGUCUGACUACCAAUACUAGUGUUACUGUAGGUCGCUAUGUUGCUCCUAGCCUGUCUGACUACCAAUACUAGUGUUACUGUAGGUCUCUCUGCUGUUCCUAGCCUGUCUGACUACCAAUACUAGUGUUACUGUAGGUCGCUAUGUUGCUCCUAGCCUGUCUGACUACCAAUACUAGUGUUACUGUAGGUCGCUAUGUUGCUCCUAGCCUGUCUGACUACCAAUACUAGUGUUACUGUAGGUUUCUCUGCUGUUCCUAGCCUGUCUGACUACCAAUACUAGUGUUACUGUAGCCCUGCCUGGCAUGGCAUUGCAUGCUCAGCUGUCAGCUGUUCCUAGCUCUUUUAGGCUGUGUUAACACAGACAGCCCAAUUCUGAUGUUUUUUUUUUCACUAAUAGGUCUGUUGACCAAUAAGAUCUGAUGUGAAGAAAUCUGAUGUGAUUGGUCAAAAGACCAAUUAGUGGAAAAAGUAUCAGAAUUGAGCGGUCUUUGUUAACACAGCCUUGGUGGUCUACAAGCUGCCUCCCUUUGAAGAUUGAGAGAGCGUGAAAGUGUUUGUGUGUGUGUGAGAGACAGAGGAGAGCCUGUGUGUGUGUGUGUGUGUAGGAGAGCUCAUUUUCCACUGUAUGUUCCAUGACUCUUGAGGAUGUGUGUGUUGCAUCUGAGUAUAAAGCACAAACCUGUCUACUCUACUGUAGGUCGCUAUGUUGCUCCUAGCCUGUCUGACUACCAAUACUAGUGUUACUGUAGGUCGCUAUGUUGCUCCUAGCCUGUCUGACUACCAAUACUAGUGUUACUGUAGGUCGCUAUGUUGCUCCUAGCCUGUCUGACUACCAAUACUAGUGUUACUGUAGGUCGCUCUGCUGCUCCUAGCCUGUCUGACUACCAAUACUAGUGUUACUGUAGGUCGCUAUGUUGCUCCUAGCCUGUCUGACUACCAAUACUAGUGUUACUGUAGGUCGCUAUGUUGCUCCUAGCCUGUCUGACUACCAAUACUAGUGUUACUGUAGGUCGCUAUGUUGCUCCUAGCCUGUCUGACUACCAAUACUAGUGUUACUGUAGGUCGCUAUGUUGCUCCUAGCCUGUCUGACUACCAAUACUAGUGUUACUGUAGGUCGCUCUGCUGCUCCUAGCCUGUCUGACUACCAAUACUAGUGUUACUGUAGGUCGCUCUGCUGUUCCUAGCCUGUCUGACUACCAAUACUAGUGUUACUGUAGGUCGCUAUGUUGCUCCUAGCCUGUCUGACUACCAAUACUAGUGUUACUGUAGGUCGCUAUGUUGCUCCUAGCCUGUCUGACUACCAAUACUAGUGUUACUGUAGGUCUCUAUGUUGCUCCUAGCCUGUCUGACUACCAAUACUAGUGUUACUGUAGGUCGCUAUGUUGCUCCUAGCCUGUCUGACUACCAAUACUAGUGUUACUGUAGGUCGCUAUGUUGCUCCUAGCCUGUCUGACUACCAAUACUAGUGUUACUGUAGGUCGCUAUGUUGCUCCUAGCCUGUCUGACUACCAAUACUAGUGUUACUGUAGGUCGCUAUGUUGCUCCUAGCCUGUCUGACUACCAAUACUAGUGUUACUGUAGGUCGCUAUGUUGCUCCUAGCCUGUCUGACUACCAAUACUAGUGUUACUGUAGGUCGCUAUGUUGCUCCUAGCCUGUCUGACUACCAAUACUAGUGUUACUGUAGGUCGCUAUGUUGCUCCUAGCCUGUCUGACUACCAAUACUAGUGUUACUGUAGGUCGCUAUGUUGCUCCUAGCCUGUCUGACUACCAAUACUAGUGUUACUGUAGGUCGCUAUGUUGCUCCUAGCCUGUCUGACUACCAAUACUAGUGUUACUGUAGGUCGCUAUGUUGCUCCUAGCCUGUCUGACUACCAAUACUAGUGUUACUGUAGGUCGCUAUGUUGCUCCUAGCCUGUCUGACUACCAAUACUAGUGUUACUGUAGGUCGCUAUGUUGCUCCUAGCCUGUCUGACUACCAAUACUAGUGUUACUGUAGGUCGCUAUGUUGCUCCUAGCCUGUCUGACUACCAAUACUAGUGUUACUGUAGGUCGCUAUGUUGCUCCUAGCCUGUCUGACUACCAAUACUAGUGUUACUGUAGGUCGCUAUGUUGCUCCUAGCCUGUCUGACUACCAAUACUAGUGUUACUGUAGGUCGCUAUGUUGCUCCUAGCCUGUCUGACUACCAAUACUAGUGUUACUGUAGGUCGCUAUGUUGCUCCUAGCCUGUCUGACUACCAAUACUAGUGUUACUGUAGGUCGCUAUGUUGCUCCUAGCCUGUCUGACUACCAAUACUAGUGUUACUGUAGGUCGCUAUGUUGCUCCUAGCCUGUCUGACUACCAAUACUAGUGUUACUGUAGGUCGCUAUGUUGCUCCUAGCCUGUCUGACUACCAAUACUAGUGUUACUGUAGCCCUGCCUGGCAUGGCAUUGCAUGCUCAGCUGUCAGCUAUUCCUAGCUCUUUUACAUUUACAUUUUAUCAGACGCUCUUAUCCAGAGCGACUUACAGUUAGUGAAUACAUAUUAUUAUUUUUAUACUGGCCCCCUGUGGGAAUCGAACCCACAACCCUGGCGUUGCAAACGCCAUGCUCUAUCAACUGAGCUACAUCCCUGCCGGCCAUUCCCUCCCCUACCCUGGACGACGCUGGGCCAAUUGUGCGCCGCCCAUGAGUCUCCCGGUCGCGGCCGGCUGCGACAGAGCCUGGAUUCUAGUGGCACAGUUAGCACUGCGAUGCAGUGCCUUAGACCACUGCGCCACUCAGGAGUUGUUAACACAGGCAGCCCAAUUCUGAUAUUGUUUUUCACUAAUAGGUCUGUUGAUCAAUAAGAUCUGAUGUGAAGAAAUCUGAUGUGAUUGGUCAAAAGACCAAUUAGUGGAAAAAAGUAUCAUAAUUGAGCUGUCUUUGUUAACACAGCCUUGGUGGUCUACAAGCUGCCUCCCUUUGAAGAUUUAGAGAGCGUGAAAGUGUUUGUGCGUGUGUGUGUGUGUGUGUGUGUGUGGGAAGGACAGCUCAUUUUCCACUGUAUGUUCCAUGACUCUUGAGGAUGUGUGUGUUGCUUCCCUCUAGGAGAUGUGAGAGUGAGAAGUCGGGUAGGAUUUCAACCAGAAGAAAAAGGUUCCCACUUGUACCUGUGCAUCGACUUCCGCACCCUACACUGUGAGUAUGAACCAUGAAAAAACCUUCCAUUCCUCACUAUCUGCCUUAGAGGCUUUUCUCAUUGACGAAAGUUGAAGGAGAGGCAGCGCGAUGACAUUUCAAUUGAAAUAAUAUGUAAAUAACUUUUCAUUUAACAGUAGCAAAGGAAUGUCAUGUGCCGCGAGAGCGUUUGGCGCUUGGCAACGGACAUUUGCUGUAAAUAUCCCUACAUAGCCACUAGCCAGUAUGCUUCAACUUUGCAAUCGACUUUUCAUCUUAACCAUAUUACACAUUUGAAAAAAAUUGAACCAAACCACAUUACACUCUUGAAUAAUGCAACAAUUCACAAGCAUGUGUAGACAAUAAAGGAUUUAUUUUCUAGUCUGUAGGCUACUCGUUACAUUUUAGCUUCAAGACAAAAGCACAGAGUUGCUAACAGCAUGUCUUCAUCAAGUAACGUUAGCCUAUCAAAAAUGUAAGAUAAGGCCAACUACCCCUCUCAUACCAAUAUAAAGGUACAGUAGGUCUACCUUACAACAUUACAAGUAAGGCUUCAUUUUGUUCAAUAUCAUGGAAAUCAUUUGUUGUACAUGUGGUAAAAGCAAAUUGCGACUGAAAACGUGGGUAUAAUAUAUAUAUAUAUAUAUAUAUAUAUAUAUAUAUAUAUAUAUAUAUAUAUAUAUAUAUAUAUAUAUAUAUAUAUAUAUAUAUAUAUAUAUAUAUAUAUACAUACACUGCUCAAAAAAAUAAAGGGAACACUUAAACAACACAAUGUAACUCCAAGUCAAUCACACUUCUGUGAAAUCAAACUGUCCACUUAGGAAGCAACACUGAUUGACAAUAAAUUUCACAUGCUGUUGUGCAAAUGGAAUAGACAACAGGUGGAAAUUAUAGGCAAUUAGCAAGACACCCCCAAUAAAGAAGUGGUUCUGCAGGUGGUGACCACAGACCACUUCUCAGUUCCUAUGCUUCCUGGCUGAUGUUUUGGUCACUUUUGAAUGCUGGUGGUGCUUUCACUCUAGUGGUAGCAUGAGACGGAGUCUACAACCCACACAAGUGGCUCAGGUAGUGCAGCUCAUCCAGGAUGGCACAUCAAUGCGAGCUGUGGCAAGAAGGUUUGCUGUGUCUGUCAGCGUAGUGUCCAGAGCAUGGUGGCGCUACCAGGAGACAGGCCAGUACAUCAGGAGACGUGGAGGAGGCCGUAGGAGGGCAACAACCCAGCAGCAGGACCGCUACCUCCGCCUUUGUGCAAGGAGGAGCAGGUGGAGCACUGCCAGAGCCCUGCAAAAUGACCUCCAGCAGGCCACAAAUGUGCAUGUGUCUGCUCAAACGGUCAGAAACAGACUCCAUGAGGGUGGUAUGAGGGCCCGACGUUCACAGGUGGGGGUUGUGCUUACAGCCCAACACCGUGCAGGACGUUUGGCAUUUGCCAGAGAACACCAAUAUUGGCAAAUUCGCCACUGGCGCCCUGUGCUCUUCACAGAUGAAAGCAGGUUCACACUGAGAACAUGUGACAGAUGUGACAGAGUCUGGAGACGCCAUGGAGAACGUUCUGCUGCCUGCAACAUCCUCCAGCAUGACCGGUUUGGCGGUGGGUCAGUCAUGGUGUGGGGUGGCAUUUCUUUGGGGGGCCGCACAGCCCUCCAUGUGCUCGCCAGAGGUAGCCUGACUGCCAUUAGGUACCGAGAUGAGAUCCUCAGACCCCUUGUGAGACCAUAUGCUGGUGCGGUUGGCCCUGGGUUCCUCCUAAUGCAAGACAAUGCUAGACCUCAUGUGGCUGAAGUGUGUCAGCAGUUCCUGCAAGAGGAAGGCAUUGAUGCUAUGGACUGGCCCGCCCGUUCCCCAGACCUGAAUCCAAUUGAACACAUCUGGGACAUCAUGUCUCGCUCCAUCCACCAACGCCACGUUGCACCACAGACUGUCCAGGAGUUGGCAGAUGCUUUAGUUCAGGUCUGGGAGGAGAUCCCUCAGGAGACCAUCCGCCACCUCAUCAGGAGCAUGCCCAGGCGUUGUAGGGAGGUCAUACAGGCACGUGGAGGCCACACACACUACUGAGCCUCAUUUUGACUUGUUUUAAGGACAUUACAUCAAAGUUGGAUCAGCCUGUAGUGUGGUUUUCCACUUUAAUUUUGAGGGUGACUCCAAAUCCAGACCUCCAUGGGUUGAUACAUUUGAUUUCCAUUGAUCAUUUUUGUGUGAUUUUGUUGUCAGCACAUUCAACUAUGUAAAGAAAAAAGUAUUUAAUAAGAUUAUUUCAUUCAUUCAGAUCUAUGAUGUGUUUAAGUGUUCCCUUUAUUUUUUUGAGCAGUGUAUAUACAGUGAGGGAAAAAAGUAUUUGAUCCCCUGCUGAUUUUGUACGUUUGCCCACUGACAAAUACAUGAUCAGUCUAUAAUUUUAAUGGUAGGUUUAUUUGAACAGUGAGAGACAGAAUAACAACAACAAAAUCCAGAAAAACGCAUGUCAAAAAUGUUAUAAAUUGAUUUGCAUUUUAAUGAGGGAAAUAAGUAUUUGACCCCUCUGCAAAACAUGACUUAGUACUUGGUGGCAAAACCCUUGUUGGCAAUCACAGAGGUCAGACGUUUCUUGUAGUUGGCCACCAGGUUUGCACACAUCUCAGGAGGGAUUUUGUCCCACUCCUCUUUGCAGAUCUUCUCCAAGUCAUUAAGGUUUCGAGGCUGAGGUUUGGCAACUCGAAUCUUCAGCUCCCUCCACAGAUUUUCUAUGGGAUUAAGGUCUGGAGACUGGCUAGGCCAUUCCAGGACCUUAAUGUGCUUCUUCUUGAGCCACUCCUUUGUUGCCUUGGCCAUGUGUUUUGGGUCAUUGUCAUGCUGGAAUACCCAUCCACGACCCAUUUUCAAUGACCUGGCUGAGGGAAGGAGGUUCUCACCCAAGAUUUGACGGUACAUGGCCCCGUCCAUCGUCCCUUUGAUGCGGUGAAGUUGUCCUGUCCCCUUAGCAGAAAAACACCCCCAAAGAAUAAUGUUUCCACCUCCAUGUUUGACGGUGGGGAUGGUGUUCUUGGGGUCAUAGGCAGCAUUCCUCCUCUUCCAAACACGGCAAGUUGAGUUGAUGCCAAAUAGCUCCAUUUUGGUCUCAUCUGACCACAACACUUUCACCCAGUUCUCCUCUGAAUCAUUCAGAUGUUCAUUGGCAAACUUCAGACGGGCCUGUAAAUGUGCUUUCUUGAGCAGGGGGACCUUGCGGGCGCUGCAGGAUUUCAGUCCUUCACGGUGUAGUGUGUUACCAAUUGUUUUCUUGGUGACUAUGGUCCCAGCUACCUUGAGAUCAUUGACAAGAUCCUCCCGUGUAGUUAUGGGCUGAUUCCUCACCGUUCUCAUGAUCAUUGCAACUCCACGAGGUGAGAUCUUGCAUGGAGCCCCAGGCCGAGGGAGAUUGACAGUUAUUUUGUGUUUCUUCCAUUUGCGAAUAAUCGCACCAACUGUUGUCACCUUCUCACCAAGCUGCUUGGUGAUGGUCUUGUAGCCCAUUCCAGCCUUGUGUAGGUCUACAAUCUUGUCCCUGACAUCCUUUUAGAGCUCUUUGGUCUUGGCCAUGGUGGAGAGUUUGGAAUCUGAUUGACUCCCUUUAAGAGUGUGCUCCUAAUCUCGGCUCGUUACCUGUAUAAAAGACACCUGGGAGCCAGAAAUCUUUCUGAUUGAGAGUGGUUCAAAUACUUAUUUCCCUCAUUAAAAUGCAAAUCAAUUUAUAACAUUUCUUUCUGGAUUUUUUUGUUGUUAUUCUGUCUCUCACUGUUCAAAUAAACCUACUAUUAAAAUUAUAGACUGAUCAUUUCUUUGUCAGUGGGCAAACGUACAAAAUCAGCAGGGGAUCAAAUACUUUUUUUCCCUCACUGUAUAUAUAUAUAUAUAUAUACAGCUCUGGAAAAAAUUAAGAGACCACAGCAAAAAGAUAAGUUUCUCUGGUUUUACUAUUUAUAGGUAUGUGUUUGGGUGAAAUUAACAUUUUUGUUUUAUUCUAUAAACUACUGACAACAUUUCUCCCAAAUUCCAAAUAAAAAUAUUGUCAUUUAGAGCAUUUAUUUGCAGAAAAUGACAACUGGUCAAAAUAACAAAAAAUAUGCAGUUUUGUUAGACCUCGAAUAAUGCAAAGAAAAUAAGUUCAUGUUAAUUUUUAAACAACACAAUACUAAUGUUUUAACUAAGGAAGAGUUCAGAAAUCAAUAUUUGGUGGAAUAACCGUCAUUUUCAAUCACAGCUUUCAUGCGUCUUGGCAUGCUCUUCACCAGUCUUUCACAUUGAUGUUGGGUGACUUUAUGCCUCUCCUGGCACAGAAAUUCAAGCAGCUCGGCUUUGUUUGAUGGCUUGUGACCAUCCAUCUUCCUCUUGAUCACAUUCCAGAAGUUUUCAAUGGGGUUCAGGUCUGGAGAUUGGGCUGGCCAUGACAGGGUUUUGAUCUGGUGGUCCUCCAUCCACACCUUGAUUGACCUGGCUGUGUGGCAUGGCGCAUUGUCCUGCUGGAAAAACCAAUCCUCAGAGUUGGGGAACAAUGUCAGAGCAAAAGGAAGCAAGUUUUCUUCCAGGACAACCUUGUAGGUGGCUUGAUUCAUGCGUCCUUCACAAAGACAAAUCUGCCCGAUUCCAGCAUUGCUGAAGCACCCCCAGAUCAUCACCGAUCCUCCACCAAAUUUCACAGUGGGUGCGAGACUGUGGCUUGUAGGCCUCUCCAGGUCUCCGUCUAACCAUUAGGCGACCAGGUGUUGGGUAAAGCUGAAAAUUGGACUCAUCAGAUAAGAUUACCUUACUCCAGUCCUCUACGGCCCAAUCCUAAUGGUAUUUUGCAAACUUCAGCCUGGCUCUUCUUUGCUUCUCAUUGAUGAAGGGCUUUUUUCUAGCUUUGCACGACUUCAGCCCUGCCCCUAGGAGACUGUUUUGAAACGUCCUCGCCGUGCACUUCACCCCAGCUGCCGUUUGCCAUUAUUUUUGUAGGUCACUUGAUGUCAUCCUACGGUUGUUGAGUGACAUUCGAAUAAGUUGGCGGUCAUCCCGGUCAGUAGAGAGUCGUUUUCGCCCUCUGCCGGUCUGUAGCUUUGUUGUCCCCAAUGUCUGCUGCUUGACCUUGUUCUUAUGAACUGUCGUCUUUGAAAUUUUAAGGAUGGAAGCAACCUGACGCUCACUGUAUCCCUCUGCCAGUAAAGCCAGAAUUUAACCCUUCUUUUCCUCACUCAAAACUUUCCUUUUCAACUCUUUUGGCAUGGUCAAUAGUUAUUUUUUUUAUUAAUAUUACUUUUGAGGUACUAUUAGCACUGUUUUUGCCAUCCAGCUGGUCCUAUUGCAAGAGGAUAGUGAUGACCACAGCAGUGGUUUUUAUACUUUUCCUCGUUAAAUAAGAUUUGGUUCAGGUGAUCACCUAAUCAGUACCUAAUUCAGUAGAAUGAGGUGUGCCUGUGUUGGAAUUCAACAGACACUGGAAUGGAAUGGCUGUCAUACAUGUAGAGAUGCUGAUUUAAGAUAUAUUUGCAGUGGUCUCUUAAUUUUUUCCAGAGCUGUAUGUAUGUGUGUGUGUGUGUGUAUGUAUAUAUAUAUAUAUAUAUAUAUAUAUAUAUCCUUUAAAAAAAUAUAUUUCCCUUCAUUACUUUCCAACCCCACCACCCCUUCCCUAAUUGGAGUAAACUAGUGAACAACAAUGCUUAGGCCUCUACUUCCAGCUUAUACAUACUAUAUACAUUUUAUGGACACAGUCAAUUUUACAACAAUUCUAUUUGUUUGUUUUUACUCCUGAACUUCCUCUACCCUCAACCUCCAAUCAUUUUCAUCAUGUCCAUCCGGUUUGCUUCUAUAAAUAAUAUGCCAUGUCUUUCUAACUGUGCUCUUUCACAAAAGCUCUCAACCUAUAUACUUCUCAUGGACACUAUAUGCUUUACGUUAGUUAUCUUGUUGUUAUUAGUUGUUGUUAUUAGUCCCAUCCUUCAGCUCCAUUCAACACCUCCCAUCUUUCUCUUAACACCAUCCAUAUUGGAUUUCUAUUUGCCAUAUAUUUUUCAACUGUGAUGUUUCACAAAAGUUCUGAACCCUUCUAUUCUCAUUGUUUCUACAGAUUGUAAAUUGAAAAUAAAAUGUUUUGCUAAAAGUAUUAUUAUAUUAUUGAUCGAUUGACUGUGACUUUUCAGAUCACCCAGUAGUGCUAUAUGCAGGGUUAGCUCCAGGUAAAUAUUGCAAUCCUUCAGCCAUUCCUGGACCUGUGACCAAAAACAAGCUACAAAUGAUCUAAUGAUUCUGUCUCUUCACAGCAAAAUCUGCAGAGCUGGGAAGAUUGUAUCCCCCAUAGAAAUAACAUUCUAUUGGUAGCAAGAAUUUUGUAUAAUAAUUUAAAUUGAAAAAUUGUAAGUUUUGAAUCCGGCGUCGUUUUGCGUAUCAGUUCAUAAACACUAUGCCAUGGAAUCGGUACAUCAGAAAUCUCUUCCCAACUAUUUUGCAAUCUAUAUGGGACGGCUGUCAAUCCUUUGGUCCUUAAAUGAAACUGGUAUACUUUUUUAUUUAUCACCAUUUUCUUUAACCAAUUAUGUUCUUUAAUGCACGGCCGACAGACAAGUUCCUUACUUUUUCCCCCUUCCACUUUCCUCUUCCAUUUUUGCAGUAAUGCUGCAAUUAUUUUGUUUUGGGUAGUUGACAUUUCCGUAUGUUUUUGUUAGCUGCAUGUGCGACAUAACUCCACCAGUCCUACCUAUGCAUUAUAUUUGUAUCUACCAUGUUGUAAACCGUUUACUUCUAAACAACUCCCAUGUUUUAAGUCUUUGUCUCUCUGUCUUCAGCCUGCUCAGACUCCGCCUCUAGUCUUAUCCCUGGUCCUGGCUUCAGUUCGGCUGGGCCUGUGUCUGGUAGGAGGCUCCGCAGACUGCUCAGCUUCCAGAGGUACCUGCACUCCUCCCGUCUGCUCCUGGGAACACCCCACCUCAACCCCCUCCACAUCCUGGAUGAGGACUACACCGGACAGGCCAAGGUCCGAUGCUCACACUGUCUUAGCCAAUCAUACACUCGUAUGCAUGCAUACACAAUUCAUGUUUAUGUACAUGUCUAAAUACAGACUUACAUUUGCGGGGGGGUUUUCUCUUGCAGUGUAUGCUGGAAAGGGUCGCGACCUGGAAUUUUGACAUUUUCCUCUACGAUAGAUUAACGAAUGGUAUGUUUCUGACAGAUGUCCAUCUUUCUCCCAAAAGCCUUACCUACAUAUUUGUAUUGUCAUCAUCAUCAGAGAAUGAGCAAAACAGUGUAACAUGCUCUGGAUAAGAGCGUCUGCUAAAUGACGUAAAUGUAAAUGUAACAUUACUGCAUAGGCCUCCUUUCAACUCAUUAGAUAUUUGUGGACAAUGGCGCCAUCUGGUGUUUGUUUUGAUGAAUGCUGUAAAGAAGUGGAAUGGUCAUUUUCCAUAGAUUUUCAUUUUAAUGCUGAUGCUAUUGCAAUGCUAAACUCCACCACAACCACAAAAAUACAUAACUACCCACCCCCAAACACUAUUCUUGACCAGCUCUUUAAACUACUUCUCCCAUGUCUCCCCUCUCCAUGCAGGAAACAGCCUGGUGACGCUGACUUUCCACCUCCUGAACCAGUAUGGUCUGUUGGAGCUGUUUCAGCUGGACAUGGUGAAGCUGUGGCGCUUCCUGGUCAUGGUGCAGGAGGACUACCAUAGCCUCAACCCCUACCACAAUGCAGUGCACGCCGCUGACGUCACGCAGGCCAUGUACUGCUACCUGCGAGAACCCAAGGUAUCAGACAGAGAGAUUGACAGCUUACGAGUCUUUAGGCCAGAGGCAAGGUUACCUAUCAUGUAUAUGAGCAGAGAAAAGUAAUCCGAUGUUCCCUGUCUCUCCGUAGCUGGCCAAGUCCCUGACGUCCUGUGACAUCCUCCUGGGCCUGCUGGCAGCCGCCACUCAUGACCUGGACCACCCGGGAGUUAACCAGCCCUUCCUCAUCAAGACCAACCACUACCUGGCCAAGCUCUACAGGGUGAGAGCACAUAGCUGGUGCAGUCCACAGCUCCUGUAGCAUUCAUAUUAGAUCUGACUUGAGGACACUAGAUGGCCAUGCUCGACAGGACAAAAGUGUUGAUAACUUGACCUAGUUCAUGGGUUAUUUGUUCUUAUUUUAAGAUAACGUUGAGGUCUAUGAUUGAAUGCACUUAGUAGCUCAGAAUAACAGCGUUAUAAAAAUGCUAAUGUAUAUGUCUCUGUGGUCUGUAGAAUUCCUCUGUUCUGGAGAACCACCACUGGAGGUCUGCAGUAGGUCUGCUCAGAGAGACCGGCCUGUUCUCCCACCUGCCUGCUGAGGACGGGUCAGUCUGUUAAUUUAUUUUCCAAGUGAUUUAAUGAGACUCUGUUUUUAAAGAUCAAGGUAAUGAGUUGUUGUUGUACACUCAAGUAUGGUCGUGUACUUUUGAAGCAUAUUUAAUGAAUUCCUCUGUUCAUCUCCUCAGGCUGAAGAUGGAGCGCCAACUGGGUUCUCUGAUCCUGGCUACUGACAUCAGCAGACAGAAUGAGUACCUGGGAAAGUUCAGGACACACCUGGACCAGGAUGACCUGUGCCUGAGCAAUGCCAGCCACCGACACUUCAUCCUCCAGGUCAGUUACUAGCUAGGCCAUAGGCUUAGAGUUGGGCCUGGGGAAACUGUGUAGAACCGGCCAUUUUGGAUCUUAUCAGCUGGAAACUGUGGGGGUCUAACUGGAUAUUUUGGCUCUAACUCCUUGCAGAUGGCUCUGAAGUGUGCAGACAUCUGCAACCCCUGCAGACCCUGGGAGCUGAGCAAACAGUGGAGCGAGAAAGUGACGGAAGAGUUCUUCCACCAAGGUAGCCUCUCAUUAAUCCUCUUGUUCUGUAUGGUUCUCACUGUCCCUCUCCUCUUAGUCUCUCGUUCUGUAUGGUUCUCCCUCUCCCUCUCCUCUUAG